AUGCCGUUCGAGGCCCUCCGGGAGAUCGUCUCAUCGAUAUUCCCAGUCAACGACCUCGUGGGCGCCUUCCUGGUCAUCAACCUCUGCGCCUGUCUCGUUGUCACCAUCUUCCGGAAAUGGAAGUCGUCAAAUCAGACCGCUAGAACUUCCACCCCCGACCUCGAGAAGCCCACAUCCAAAUCCAGCACUCGAGAAAAAGUAACUCGAAAAUUUGGAGAAUGGACUCCCUCGGCUUUCAAGAGACCCACGGCACCGCCGUACCCCGACUGGGAUGUUCAUACCUCCAAGUCGAUUCCCUAUCGGCCGUUUCGAUAUGGCCCUAAGUACUUCGUUACUAUGGGUUUGAGGAGUAUGAAAUGGGACGAAUGGAUCGAGCUCGACAACCAUUAUCUCAAGUACCAUGCCGAUAAAAAGAAGCGGCUAAAAGAGCGCGGCGAGAAAUGCUGUAGAACCGCGCCAGAAGCAAUGGACGGAGCCAUUGAACUAUUAGAAGAGCUAUGUACAUACCUCCCCGAGCGAUACCCCAGCAUGUUCCAAAAGACACCCACCGGCAUAACAAACACCGUCACAAACGAAACCUUCAAUAUAGUCCAGCGCCCGCUGCCCGAAGACCCAAUGGCCACCGCAGCACGUCUAGUACAAGACGACCUUGCCCUGAUGUUCGAGCGCCCAGACGGCGAGUACUAUCUUCUGGCCGGCGCGAUCCUCCUUGCAGGCUUCUGGCGACUGAGCGACAAAUUCGGGAUGCCACUGUCCGAAAUUCACACCUCCGGUGACGUGCCCCAGUUCCGCGAGAAGCUCGAGCGCGGCAUGGUGAACUUUUUCCGGCGGUUAAAGCCCGAGGAGCCGGUUCUGCGGAACAACUAUUUCAUCCAGGUAGACGACAGCUUGGCAUGGUCGCCUAGCAUUGGGUCGGAGGACUCGGAGACAGUGUCGUGGAAUACGGCGGCCAAGAAUAAGGCGAUUGAGCACCACUAUUUCCGGUCUGAGAGACAAUCGCUGCGACGGUUGCCACGGUCUGGGGCGGUGGUGUUCACGAUUCGGACGUAUUUUGAGCCUAUUACUGAGAUUGUGAAGGAGUCGUACGUGCCUGGGCGGCUGGCGUCUGCAAUUCGGAGUUGGGGGGAUGAUGUCUCGAGGUAUAAGGGGAAGGAGAAGUAUGAGGAGGUGUUGUUGGAGUAUCUAGAUCAGAAGCAUGAAGAGCAGAUCAAGGCCGGGCUUGAGGUGGACAAGGAGGAUGAAGUGCGAAGGUAUCCUUUAUAA